UCCGGGCGCUCAGCAUCGCCGUUGCGCUUCAGUUGGAGGGAGGGGAGGGGUGCGGGUGGCUCGGCUAGCGCAGGAGGGGCGAAGUUUGUGGCUCCCGGGUGUCUCGGGAACCGCAGAGGAGCGCUGGGUUGGUGUGUGGCCCGCUUUUCCAGGACCUCCUGCGAUGGAGGCGGCUUUGCGGCGAGAACUUGGCACCUCGGUGCUGCGGCCUGCAGGAUACUUGGGGGGAGGCUGCAUCAGCCAGGGCGAGAGUUUCCACACGGACACCGGGCAGGUCUACGUGAAGCGCAAUGGCAAGGCCGAGGCCAGAAGAAUGUUUGAUGGAGAAAUGGCAAGUUUAGCUGCUAUUCUGCAAACACAAACUGUGAAAGUUCCUAAACCUAUCAAAGUUAUUGAUUUGCCAGAAGGUGGUGCUUUAUUUGUGAUGGAACACUUGGACAUGAGAGGCCUCAAUAGGCAUGCAGAAAAACUUGGGAUUCAGCUGGCUGAUCUUCAUCUUCAUAAUCAAAAGCUUGGAGAAACGUUGAAGAAAGAUGCAAACACUAUUGGUAAAAGUCAGAUGGAUACUCAGUUUGUGGAAGAGUUUGGGUUUCAUUCUGUCACUUGUUGUGGUUAUCUUCCACAGAUUAAUGACUGGCAACAAGACUGGGUAAAUUUCUUUGCUAGGCAACGAAUUCAGCCUCAGAUGGAUUUGAUUGAGAAGAAUUCAGGAGACAGAGAAGCAAGAGAGCUUUGGGCUCAACUCCAGGUGAAGAUACCCAGUUUGUUUGGUGACCUGAAAAUAAUUCCUGCUCUCUUACAUGGGGAUCUGUGGGGAGGAAAUGUAGCUGAAGAUGAUUCUGGGCCUAUUAUCUUUGAUCCUGCCUCUUUCUAUGGUCACUCUGAGUAUGAGUUGGCAAUUGCUGGGAUGUUUGGUGGUUUCAGUGGUUCAUUUUAUUCUGCUUACCAUGGUAAAAUCCCCAAAGCACCAGGCUUUGAUAAACGGCUCAAGCUUUACCAACUAUUUCACUACAUGAACCAUUGGAAUCAUUUUGGUGGAAGCUACAGAGGGUCAUCUAUAAAUAUUAUGAAAAACCUGGUGAAAUGAUUUAUUGUGAAAUUGUAUUAUCUCUGUUUGGAAAAAUACAUGGGUUUUCAGCUGCAGUGAUCUGUGAUACUUAAUUUAUUAAGAGUUAUACCCAGUCUUUCAUCCAGGAGCCCCAGGUGGUACACGUAGCUCUGCUUCCAGUUUUUACCCAGGAGAGAGACAGAGAGAGAAAGAUAAUGAUCACCUAGAAGUCACCCAGUGAGUGUCCAUGGGUAAAUUUCCUCAUCCCACUCCAACAUCUUAAUUAUUAUAUUCCACUCGCUUGGUAUCCUGGUAACUACAGUUUUAUUAAAGAGCUGUCUAAGGAGGAAAUAAUCCAAGAUUUGCAUGAAAGCCUUUUUGCUGUUAAGAUGACACCAUUGAAUUGAUUUAGUAGGUUGCAGUAGAGAAACAAUAGUUUAGAUACAUGUUUUGCCAGCAAGGUGGAAGGGGAACAAACCAACAAUAAUGAUAAAGACACAAUCUGAGGUCUUAAUGAUCUUUUUUUUCAUAGUACGGUACAUAUGAAUAUAUUGGGGAUUUUCUUACUUGCUAUGAAACUACGAUUACUCUCAGUAUUUAUAAUAUUACUUGUAUUUCAGUAUUAUCAUAGCUGCAUUUGCAUUAGAUGCAUGUACUGAGCUAAAAUUGGAAUACAUAGGAUGCUGCCUAGUUGACUUUUGUUCUUUCUACCGUGAAUGUUAUUAAGCAUGGCUCUGGUUGUCAAAAUUCAGGACUCUGCCUGAAUCUUCUAAGCACACUACAAUUUGCAUGAUGAUCUGGUUUGUCUUCCUUCAGUAAGGCUCCAGCGGGUGUAUGUUCCUAACUACCUAAAAAACUUGACCUAAUCUUGUACUGUACAAUGUACAUUCAUGGAUUAAGUUUAUUUAUAGGCAGCUGUAUCCAUUUCAGAGUUACUUUCUUAUGGCUGGUUGGUGGAAUUAUUUCUCUUUGAAGCCAUUGAACUAGGCUGGCACUGUAGGCCCCAGAAAUUCUAGCCAGCCUUUGUUGCUUUGGCUGAUAAAUUUUGGGAUUGUAUGCAAGGCUGAGGUUAAAAUAGGGUGUCAGUGAUUUUUUCGGCUUGUUUUGAACUGCUUUGAGUAUUGAUUAAAAACGAAGCAAUUUUUGCGCUGAUAAAAUGCUAAAUACUACUUAAAAUGAAUAUGAUAGGUUUAGACCUUAGAUUAUGAGGAAGGAAUAUUUGAUUGACCUUCUCCUUCCACAUAUAUACAUAUCUUCCCCCAUUUUAAUACUUUGGUUGACUAUAGUAUCUUGCAACCAGUUAGGCUCAUAAUACUAUUUUUCCAGAGGGUGUUUUUGAUUCACUACUGCUGAGCUAAAAUAUAUGGUUAUUUUCCAUCCCCUCCCUAUCAGAUAUAAUUUUUUCUGCUAGAAAAAAAUCAUUUGUUGAUUUUAUCUGUCACUUAUAGUAUAAAAUCUAACUAAAGUAGCAAAAAUAAUUCUAAUCCAGAUUGUGAUAGUAUAUUAAUUCUAUUGAAUCUUUUAGUAAAAGUAUGUUGCUUCUACCUUAGGCAGGCAAAGGCUUACUUUUCUGGGUGGUUAAUUAGAUAAUUAAUUUUAGCUAUAAUUAUGUGUCCAGCAUGACCUUCCUUGGUGUGGAUUGUUUAACAGGGGAGAUUAGAAAGAGAAGGGAAAGUUUUAUUACUGCAUUAAUAAUUUCCCUUAGCAUGAAUCUGCUACCACUUGUUUCUAGUGUGCAGCAGCAGGAAUGCUGAAUCAGUAUAUCUAAUACUUGAAAAAGUAUACUGGAAAUACCCAAUAUGAUUUACAACAAUUGUGAAGUGCUGAUGAAGAGUUUUCUAGAGAAUAGUAAAUGGAUCCAGAAACACUUAAACAUUUGAAAACAAAAUAAUAUGUAGUUCUGGAUGAAAGGAUAUAUAUAUAUGAAAACAUUAUUUUUUAGAAAUCAUACCAAAAGAUUGUAUUUAAUAUACUGCAGAAUAUAUAUUCCUGUGGCAAACAAUUAAAAUAUGGGUUUUGCUCUUUCAGAUGUUGCUUUUUAGGUGGCUUCUCAAUUUCCAGGUAGGUACCGAUAGAGAGGCAUCAUUAAUAGAAUGUAUGCUCAUACAGACCCUUGGAAUGUUUUUGAUGCUUUUGAAUUAACAUUAUUUGGCUUUACAUUAUGGAAAAAAAUAUUACACUAAUUUUUAAAAAUUCCAAUUGUCUUUGUUAUUCCCUGCUUUCUCAUUUUGCAUAACAAUCCCACUAGUUUUCUGAGUUUAAAGAAGAGGUUGCUAUUUGUCAUCCUUUGUAAUUGUUCAAAUAAAAUAUAUUCCUGAGCAUUUCA